AUGGCAGUCAAGAAAUCCGGUUUCAAAAGUCUUGCGGAUCAGCUUGCUGAUUUGGAAGACCCUACACCCAAAGAUUUUGAUCCCGAAGAUGAAGACAACGGAAAUCAAGGUAGCGGCGAUGAAUCUGGAUCUGAUAUGGAUGAGGAUGCCGGACGUGAACACUAUGAGAAAGUUGGCAAGAGCAAACUCAGGAAACCGGAAACCCUUUCCCUGGGAAAACAAUAUGCGGGAUCGCAUGUGAGCAGAGAUGCAUUAGAUGAUAGCGACGACGAGAAUCCCUUCGGGCGAGGUUCUGACGAGGACGAGGACGAAGAUGAAGACGACGAAGACCUUGAGGGAGAUGAGGACGAAGAACUUAGUGGAUCGGAAGAUGAUGAAGACGAGUUGGAGGAGGAGGAGGAUGAGGAUGAGGAUGAGGAUGACAUUUCAGAUGACGACGACGACGCUGCGGAAGACGGAGACGAAAACCAGGAGUCCUUGUCAGACGAACGUGCAGAGCUGAGACGGUUAAUGGCCACGGACCAGAAAUCUGUCGCUGCGACUAUUUCUCAAGCCGCCAAAGCCGAUGCCGCCAAAGGAUUUGCCGUCAGGCAACAACGAGUUGCAUUCGACGCGUUGCUUAAUGCCAGAAUAAAGCUACAGAAAGGGUUCACAGCAAUCAUCAACUCGUCUGAAAUAUCGUGGGAAGAAGCGCAAGAAAAUUCCGACGCUAUCAAGUCAGCGGAAUCGGCUGCCUUGGCUCUGUGGUCAACGUUGGAAGAUUUGCGAUUGACUCUUGCGGAUGUUCAGACAAAGGAAGGAGCAAAGAAGCGAAAGCGACCAGGUCCGGUGUCUCAUAUCACCACUACCGAGUCCCUCUGGCAGCGUAUGCAGGACUUGGAAUCCGACUCUCAGACUCAUCGUCGCGCCGUUCUUGAGAAGUGGAACCACAAAGUACGGGGAACGAACGCCAGUCUACCCAAUGCCAAAGGCAAACUUAUUGCCAAUUCUGACAAUUCCAUCACCGCUGUACUUGAUGCACAUGUUGCUACGGAGCUCAGCGAACGAUCUACCAAGAAACAGCGCACUGCUGAAUCAUCUGAUUCUGUCUACGACGACACUUCUUUCUACCAGACACUUUUGCGCGACCUAGUCGAGCAGCGAAUGUCAUCCUCGGACGCUGUUACUAACGGACUAGAUUCUCUACAUUUACAAAUCCCUUCACAUCCUACAUCAGGCAUGCGAAAGGACAAGAUCCGCAAGGAUGUCGACACCAAGGCAUCCAAGGGCCGAAAGAUGCGCUAUAAUGUGCAUGAGAAGCUUCAAAAUUUUAUGGCACCUGAAGAUCGUGGUACCUGGACCGAUCGCGCCCGAGACGAGUUCUUUGCUUCGUUGCUCGGUAAGACUGCUAGUGGGCUGCUCGGCGAAGAUGAAGAUGAACAGAUAAAUGGAGCUGUGUCGGACGAGGAGGAUCUAGAGGAAGGUGGUUUGAAGCUGUUUAGAAGCUGA